GUUCCAGUCAGCGUAGAAGCAGGCGGAUGCACUGAUGGCUCGUAUUUCUCUUGACUUUCACAUUAUGUUGUUGUGUGUCGCGGUUGGUCUCCCUCCACCUGGCCCCUCGCCAUCCCUCUGGACGUCUGUGAGAGCGGACUGACUGAAGGUAAAUGUCCGGAGUGAGAGAGUAGCCCGCCGGAUUGCUGCAGGCGAUGAAGGCGCUUUGAAAAACCUCCAUCGCUGCCCGACUGAGAGUCGACUGGAGCUGUCUGGCUGGCUGCACUACUAUGACUCUGAGCUCCUGAAGAUUUGCUUUAAAAAACAAAAUUGCCGUCCUUCCUGAAGCCCACUUAAUUCCUCGAUGGGUUCCCGCAGCCAAGGGUUCUUCCACCAUCACCACAACCAUCAUCGUAGCUCCAUGGUGCCCACUGUUGUGCCCAGGCUGCUGCCUGAGAAUGGCAGCCUGCUAGGGGGCAUCGCGCAAAUCACCCCCAACCUCUUCCUCAGCAGAGGGAAUGUGGCAUCCAACCGCAGCCUGCUGCUGUCCAAAGGCAUCACCUGUGUGGUCAAUGCCACUAUCGAGCUCCCCAACUUCAACUGGCCACACAUGGAGUAUGUAAAGGUCCCUCUGGCCGAUAUGCCCCACUCCCCCAUCUCCUUGUACUUCGACAGUGUGGCUGAUAAGAUCCACAGCGUGGGACGAAAGCGAGGGGCUGUGCUGGUGCACUGUGCAGCAGGUGUGAGCCGCUCAGCCUCUCUCUGCCUGGCAUACCUCAUGAAGUAUCAUCGUGUGUCUCUGGCUGAGGCCCACGCCUGGGUAAAAGCCCGCCGGCCUGUCAUCAGGCCCAACGGUGGUUUCUGGCGCCAGCUCAUCGAGUACGAGAGAAAGCUGUUUGGUAGAAACUCUGUUAAGAUGGUUCAGACUCCAUACGGGGUCAUACCUGAUGUUUAUGAGAGGGACCGCAGGAGCCUGGCUCCGUACUGGGGCCUGUAAAAUUCGCAGUGAGGAGAUUGAGGAGGAAGUGAGGAUGAGCCCUUUUGCCCCCCUGGACUGCAGCUUCAUGCGUGUUCAGGACCGGCGAAGUGAGACGCGUGUGAGUGUACAUCUGUGUGAGGCUUAUUUUAUGACUACUGGUGUGUUUGGACAGAGGGAGCCUUAACCAAACACUGGUUGUUGAUGCUGUUCGUCCAACCAGUGGCCUCCAUUUAGUCUUUGAGCGGGAGCAAGGCGACUUCAAGCCCAGAAUCCUUUUGGACCAAAGGAUCGAUUGGGACCACGAUGAUGUCAGACACCAAAACAAGAUGAAGUGAUCAGAGCGUGGAUGUCGGUGCCAUCUAUCUCCCAGUCUGUCUUUCCAGUUCCAGUGGAAGAUGGUGAAGAUGUUGGCUGUGCUCGAGACUCUGGAGCUCUGACAGCGAUGUGACUGAAGUCCUUUCCUGACGUGAUGAUGUCAUGUGGUGGUAUUGUGCCAGUUUUGCAGUAAUCUUUGGUGUGAAGGGCAGCAGCAUGCUCUCAAUUUAUGGUAGCAUUUAAGAUAAGUGUACAGAAAAAAAAAAUAUAUAUAUAUAGGCAAAUUAUUUUAUUGGGAUGUGCUGGUAGUGAGGAGAAAAAAUGGCACACUUUAACUGAACAUUUAAAGAUGUUAUUAUAUCUACCUUUUUUAAGGUGAAAAUCUAGAAGAUGCAAGCUAAAAGUCAAGGUUUAGGGAAAGCUCCUGUGUACCACAGGGUUGUUUGUUCCAUCCUGUGACCACACUAUGUUAUUGUAGUGCUAUUUGAUGCUGUAUUUGAAGAAGAAAAAAAAAGCUGCAGCUUCAAGGGAACUGGUAGCUCUAUGAUAGAUGCUUGAAAGAGUAUUUUCUAUCCCACUGUUUUGCCUUGUGUCCAUAGGUUGGAGGGAGAUCAGAGCAGUACAAAAAAGACAUUUUAUUUCUUUAUGUAAACCAACUUAAAAGAGCGAUAUCACACUGGCUGAAGAUUCUUCUGAUGUCAUCUGCUGGUUGAAAUUUUAGCUUGCUGCACUUGCUGUCCACACUCCACAAGUGAUGUUGAGUAGAGUUGGGUUGAUUUCCGGUUUAUCCGGUCUGGUGUACGAACUUAAACCGGUUUGAUUUUAUGCAAAGUGGCUGAACCGCCAUGUGACAUUAUGACAUGCUAUGGCAAAUUAAAAAGUAGCCUACAUCAUCAACCUUUGCUGAUGGCAUCAUGGCACUAAGUCCAACUUGUAUUGCAUUGGUAAUAAGCAAUGUGACAACGGGAUCAACAUAAUAUGUUUUUAAAUGGACUAAAGGAGCCACUACAGUAGUGUCUGACAGGCCGUGAACAAUUUACUGCAGAACCUAGCACUGGCAAUCAAAUUUCAGCAGAGGUGGGAGAGGGGGGUGCAUGUUGUGUUUGUUUUCUAGAAACGUCAUGUGUUUUUGGGGUGAUACGAUGAGACAUAGCAGAGUCUUUCAAGAAAACUGCAUCAGUAUGGCAACAUUUCGGAUUUGAAGCAAGCAAAAGAGGUGUGUAACUGGCUGCGAGCCAUGUGGUGCGCCUUUUUGAGCUGAAAUUGUGUUGUACACCCUGUUUCUAUUUAUUCCUGUAGCACACAUUGAAAACUCAGCGUAGAAGGAGAAUGACUGAUUGAUGAAGUUGAAAUGAGGAAUUAUCUAUAUGAUACCUCCACAUUUCUCUACAUAAACUAAAAUAAUUUGGCAACUGGCUGGAGUGAGAUCGCCAGGGAGCUGAAAGUUUCUGGUAAGGUAUAUAUUAUAACGAAGUGCAUAUUUAAUAGAUUUAGUGUGGACAGAGAGCUCCAGUGUUACACAAUACAACAUGAUAGUCAGAAGUAUGUUAGCUGUUAGUGAACGGUGUCAUUAUGUUCCAUUCCAGAGCGGCUUUUGAGUGCAGUGCGACACCUAGUGGUAAAAUUCAGUAUACCAGUCUGGUCCAGUGUUUGGCUUAAUAUCAAACCGGUUUAAAAAACUUUACACCGGCCCAACGCUGCUGUUCAGCUCUUAAGUCGUAGGGGUGAGAUUAAAAAAAGAUAUCACAGUAAAUACACACAACCAUCAAGUUUGCCACCAAUAUUACCUUAUAAAAGUAGUUUGUUUAUGCAGCAAAAUGCAUCAUGUCUAUCCUUAAUGUCAACACGUAUUAACACGUAUUAUGGUAUUUUUUUUUUUUUUUUUUUUUUUU